GCCGAUUCAUAUACACGUUGAACUUCCCAUCCGUACGGAUCUCUGCUCAUUUAAUUUAUCUGUAAAACAUAAUAUUUAUUUAUAUACUUUGAUAAAUAAAAAAUAAACAACACAAGAAAUUGGAUACCAGUACAUAAAAUACCUUUGUUUUUUUUUUAAUUUACUCCAAUUUUGCUUGUGAUGGAUAAAAUGGUCAUUAUCAUUUUAUAUUGUGAGUGAUAUGGAUAUUUAAGAAUACAUUGUGUUACAAAAAAUGAUAGACAGUUAAAAUUUUAAUAAAUGUUACUUGAUAUUACCAUAGAAUUAGAUGAGUGCGAAUCACGGAAUUUGAUGACAAGCUGAACGACGAUACUUGAGAAUGCAAGACGAGUGAGUAGAAAAGUAAUUCAGUCGUGGAAAGAAAGUCUUCUGGAACGUUUGAUAUACUUAUUCUCCAUUCAUUCAUUCAUUCAUUCAUUUCUUUAAUUUAUAUUAUUCGUUGGGGAUAAUUAUUUUCAAAAAGUAAAAAUGUCAGCUAAAAAGUCCAAUCCACGACCCUCAUCUCCCCGAAGAUUUUUCGCACGUAUUUAUGGUCAUUUGGAGUCAUCUGAAAGUAGUGAAAAAAUAAGUAAAUCAUCAGAUCUCCAGUGUCCUGAGGAUCUUUCAGUGUUGGAAGAUAAAUCGAAACAAUCAGAUGAAGAAAAAGUGCAAGAAUCAAGAUUGCGAUUGUUAAGAUUAAUGGAGUUGAAAGAUGAUCGUGAAAAAGAUGCUGAAGAACAAGUUGAUAGUGUAAAAAGAGUGAAAGAAGAUGAUGAAUCAGAGCCGAAUCAAAGAAAAGAGAAAGGACAAGUAACUGAGAAUGUUUCGCGACCUUUUUUACCUCAUGGACUUUUUACCGGAAAUCCAACACAUCCUCUUCACCUGGCACACGUUGGACAUCCGGUUCCAAUGCCGUCGCAUCUUCAUAGUCUUGGGGGACAUCCGGCUGAAGCUCACUUUAAUGGUUUCUCGGCGUAUUAUGCCAGGAGAAGGAGAAAAGAAGGUAGACCAAGACGACAGCGAACAACUUUCAGUGGAGAACAGACUGCAAGACUUGAGUUUGAAUACCACAGAGGAGAGUACAUCUCCAGGAGUAGAAGAUUUGAAUUAGCAUUAUCAUUAAAACUCACUGAAACUCAGAUUAAAAUUUGGUUCCAAAAUCGUCGAGCCAAAGACAAGAGAAUUGAGAAAGCACAAUUGGAUCAACAGUACCGGAACUUUGCAGUUUCAAAUGCUCUGACAAACUUUCGAAUGUACACAAAUAAUUUUUGUGGUCUAUGUCUAUACAAUGAUGCCAAUCGCGACUUACCCCACGCUUGUAUUCCAUAUCGCCCUGAUGUUAUGACAACAUCUUUGGAGCAAACACAACGAAGUAGUAGCAGUAGUUCUAGCAGUGAAACCUCAGAAAAUCCACCAAUUGCCGUGUCUCCAAUGUAGUAGGACUAAGUUUAUAGUCUUUUCUUAAUUAAUCUUACACUUAGCCAAAGAUAUUACAUAAUUUAUUAUUUGAAGAGUCAGGAGUUUAUUUUUAAUGUAUUAAUGUAAUUAAGAAUUGAAUAAAUGUGUUAAGGAUAAGUUGAU